AUGAGAACCUCCCUCUUCGCCCUCGCGGCAUCCCUAGCCGCCCUGGCCUCGGCCAAAGAGAAGGCCGUCGACAUGAAGCUCAAGGCCGAGCUAUAUGACAGCGGUGCCAGACAUGAACAUAUUAUGGCUCUCAAGCACCAAACCUGGGCAGAACUCGACGCAGCCGGCGUUUAUGACUCCACCCAAUACGAAAAAUUCGAUUCCUCCAAGCUCGACUACGUCCCCUGCACCAAGGGCUACGCUUCCUACGUCCCCAACGACCCCAAGUACACCUUCCGGUGCAACAACCUUGACCUGUACGACUUCAAGACGCACGCGGAGCUCGGUUCCUCUUCCGGCCGCGGCGCGGGCUCCUGGGGGUGGACUUCGCCCAAAGGACGCGAGUUCGUGGCUAUCGCCCAGGAAGACGGCACCGCUUUCGCGGAGGUCACGAAGAAGGGCAAGCUAGUUUAUUUGGGGAGGCUGCCGCAGUAUACUACUGCUCAACCCAGUUUGUGGAGGGAGAUUAAGGGGUACAAGAGCUACAUCCUGAUCGGCUCGGAGGCGGUCGAUCACGGCGUGCAAAUAUUCGACCUGGCCAAGUUGCAGGAUGUUGACCCUGCAAGUCCCAAGGUGUUCACGAACGAGAAUGACUUGGAUGGCUGGUGGACCGAGGGGUUGCCGGUGGGGAGGUCGCAUAAUGUGGUGACAAACGAGGAGAAGAAUUACGGUGUGGCUGUUGGGUUCCAGCCGAGAACCGGGCCGUUGCGCGCGGGACUGGUGUUUUUUGACUUGACGGAUCCGAAGAAUCCCAAGACACUGGGAGGAAGUGGUGAGGAUGGGUAUGUCCACGAUGCGCAGUGCAUUGUGUAUCGCGGGCCGGAUAUCAAGUACUAUGGGAAGGAUAUUUGUUAUGGAUAUGAUGAGGAUUCGUUGACCAUCUUCGACGUAUCCGACAAGCAAAACAUCCGCAUCAUCUCCAACACCUCCUACGAAGGCGCCUCCUACACCCACCAAGGCUGGGUUCUCGACCCUAACUGGCAACGAUACUUGAUCCUCGACGACGAGUACGACGAGUACGACGCCGCUGGCUUAGGCGCCGAUGGGUACCCCAUCACCUACAUCUGGGACAUUUCCUCGCUCGAAAAGCCCAAGCAGACGGGUCACUACAAGGGUUUGCGUCGUGGUAUUGACCACAACCAGUUCAUCAAGGAUGGAUUCUCGUACCAGAGCAACUAUGGCUUGGGUCUCAGCAUUCUGGAUCUGAGAAGUGUGCCGUUGGAUCCCACGGGUAAGCGGAUCAAGGAGGUAGCGUACUUUGAUGUUCACCCAGAGGAUGAUAGUGCGCCGGGCGGGGGCAAUGUCACUUUUACCGGUACAUGGUCUCACUAUCCUUUCUUUCCGAGUGGGUACAUUGUUAUCAACACGAUGGACAGAGGCGCGUUCGUGGUUAAGAGGACGGCAGCUUCAUGGUGGCCAUUCUAAAUCUUUGACGGACCCUGCAGUGGUCUUGUCACUGCUCUCUUGAAUAAAUGCAAUACAGACAACGCAUCAUGCUAGAGGGUUGAGGCCUCCUUCAUCCAACACCUUUGUUUCAAUGGUUUUUACAGAUGAGCUGCAUCCCACCUGCUCUUGUCGUUU